ACCGACGCCUCUCCUAACUAACAUUGGUCAGCCCUGUGCUCCUCGUGGAUCGUCAUCAAUGGCUGCCAAAACUGAAAGUGGUGGUGGUGGUGGAAGGGAGAUGAAGAAGGUGCUUAAUGCAGUGAAUGAUCAUUACGGAGGUGUGAUCGUCCACGUCACUGAGCCCAUGGAGCCUGCCACCUUCGUAUCCUCUCUUACAUCUUCAAUUGCGCAUUGGAAGCUGCAGGGAAAGAAUGGUAUUUGGAUCAAAAUGCCAAUAGAGCGAGUCAAUCUUGUUGAAGCUGCGGUCAAGGAAGGAUUCUGGUACCACCAUGCAGAGCCUGAUUAUUUGAUGCUUGUGUAUUGGAUUCCUCAGUCCCCUCAUACUCUUCCCACAAAUGCAACACACCGUGUAGGAAUUGGUGCCUUUCUUAUCAAUCAAAACAGAGAGGUGCUAGUAGUCCAAGAAAAGGGUGGACAAUAUCGUGGGACAGGUCUGUGGAAGCUCCCUACUGGAGCCGUUGAUGAGGGAGAAGAUAUUUUUGCAGCUGCUGUCCGAGAAGUGAAGGAAGAAACAGGAAUUGACUCGGAGUUUGUGGAAGUUCUUGCAUUCAGAGAGAGUCACAAGUCAUUCUUUGAGAAGUCAGAUUUAUUCUUUUUGUGCAUGCUACGGCCCCUCUCUUUUGACAUCCAGAAGCAGGAACAAGAGAUAGAAGCAGCCAAGUGGAUGCCAUAUGAGGAAUAUGCAGCACAACCAUUUGUCCAAAAGUACGAGCUUCUAAAGUACAUGCAUGACAUAUGCAAAGCGAAGAUAGAUGGCAAGUAUUCGGGAUUCUCUCCUCUACCCAGUAGAAGUUAUUCUCUUCACAAGAGCUACUUGUACUUGAAUAGCAGUAAGGCACCCAAGAGAAGGAGUAAACUGUGAUCAUCGAGGCCCCUGAAAUUCCACUAAAUUAAAGAUUUUGUAUUUUGUACUUUCCCAAAUAUAUCUUAUUGUGUCUUCCAUCAUUUGUAAAACAUACUGAUAAAGUCAAUGAGAACAUUGGAAGAGAGAAAAUGGAAAGAUGUAGCUCUUGAAGUAUAACAUAAUGUAUUGUAAACUUUGUACUAUCCCAAAUAUAGCUUAUUGUGCAUUGAAACAUUAAUACGUUCGUGA